AUGAAGGCCCUUCGCAGGUCAAUCAAGGGAGAGGAGAAGGCAAAGGCCCACGUCUCGAUCGGCCCCAAAUCCGCUGUCGCGAUAGUUCCGCCAAAAAAGGUUAUUCGGGCGCUAUACGACUAUGAAGCACGGUCUAGCCAGGAACUCAGCUUUUCGCGCGGCGACUUCUUCCAUGUCAUCGGCCGAGAGAAUGACCCCGACUGGUAUGAGGCGUGCAAUCCCGCUCUACCUGACGCUCGCGGCCUUGUGCCAGUGAGCUUCUUCAAGGCUCUCGGCCGCACAGAGCGUGACAGCGCAAGCUCGGACACGAGUCGACCGUCACCUGGUGGUGCCAUCAACAACCCCGACCACGAUUCCGGGUAUGCCGAGACAUCUGCAUCGAGCGUAACUCCUACGCAAACGGCGAGUCAGAGGAGCUCUAAGAUGUCUCAAGGGAAGAAUGGGGCUAUGGUGUAUGGCAUAGUCAUGUACGACUUCCAGGCCGAACGGGCAGACGAGCUGGAGGCAAAGGCAGGAGAGGCGAUUAUCGUGAUUGCGCAAUCAAAUCCCGAGUGGUUUGUAGCGAAACCAAUAGGGCGACUAGGCGGUCCAGGUUUGAUUCCAGUCUCUUUCAUCGAGAUCCGCGAUAUGGCUACAAAUACACCAGUCCCCAACCCUCAAGAUGCUAUCAGGAGGGCGGGAAUACCGAGGGUCGAGGAGUGGAAGAAGAUGGCCGCCGAGUACAAGAACAGCAGCAUUACAUUGGGCAAGUUCGAAGCCGGAGGGCCCCCGGGACAGCAGGGAUCUCUUGAGCAAGGCAUGGAGCGCAUGAGUCUUCAGCAGGGCGCUGGUCGUAUGAGCCAAAGCAACGCACAGCAGCCUCAAAGCAACCGAAACACCCAGAGCCAGCAACCCCCGAUGGCUAACCCCCAAGCCCCAAGCCCUGGAGCACAGUUGCACGCUCCCAUCUCCGCACGCAUCCCCCGCUACUGCUUUGCCGAAGACAAAUACUGGUUUGUGAUCGAGGCCGCGCUGGAGGAUGGUCGACAUUGGGAGCUGUCGCGAUAUUACGAAGACUUUUACGACUUUCAAAUCGCGCUUCUUACCGAAUUUCCGGCCGAGGCAGGAAACACUGGCACGCAAAAACGGACCUUGCCGUACAUGCCAGGUCCUGUCAACUACGUCACCGACGCUAUCACCGAGGGUCGACUCCACAACUUGGAUGCCUAUGUGAAAAAUCUCCUGAGCCAGCCAACCUAUAUUUCGAGGUGUAACCUGGUCAAGCAAUUCUUCGCACCCAGAGAAGGAGACUACGAGAUUGAUCCAAGUACCACGGGCGAGGAGGAAUACCGACUAUCCGGCGGCUCCCAGCAGUCGUCUCAGGAGACACCACCGGACGCCAUAUCACAGCAGUCAUCGAAGAACAACCUCAAUGGUAAUGGGUAUGGUGCAGCACCGGGUUCGAGAGGACACAACGGCGUACCUCGCCAGUCGUCAUCUCUAUCUCAACCUUCGCAGAAUUCCAUGUCUCCCGGUCUGAACCAGCAAGCAGCAGCGAUGAAAAUCAAGCUUAGCUACAACGGUGAUCUUAUUGCCAUCCGGGUACCGACGGAUAUUCAGUUCCGAGACUUGUACGAGAAGAUCCGUGACCGGCUCAAGAUUCCGGCAGGUGAUCCUAUCGACAUUUCGUACAAGGACGAGAGCACACAGGACAAGCUCCCGAUGAUCAGUAACAACGACCUUGACGUUGCGUUGGAACGCAACGAGAAGCUACUGAUAUAUGUGGAGCAAGUCUGA